AUGGAGAGACACAAAUGCAAGCUAUGUUCAAGAACAUUUAGCAAUGGAAGAGCACUUGGUGGACACAUGAAGGCUCAUCUUGCCAUAGCUAAGUCUCAGAAACAACAAACUGUUUUGUUUUCGAGCUCUUCUUCAGAAUCGGAACAAGAACAAGAACAAGAACGAGAACGAGAGAAAACUCUGGUUAGUUAUGGUUUGAGAGAGAAUCCAAAGAAGAGUCUGAAAAUUGCAGAUCCUGGAUUUUCUUCUGUUAUUGUUCAAGAUAGAGAAAGUGAGACUGAGUCAAAGAAUAAUCCGACUCGUCAACAACGAUCCAAACGAAUCAGAAAACACAUCAGCAGCAUUAACAACAACAACAACCAGAAAUUUGAAUUGAAGAAAGCAAAGAUGAAUUUCAUGGUGCCAACAGCAACGUUGUUGCCAUUCAUUGAGAGUACUGAACCUGUGAGUUCAGUUUCUGAUACUUCUCCUGAAGAAGAUGUUGCUAUGUGUCUGAUGAUGCUGUCAAGAGACAAAUGGAACAGGAGGAACAACAUGAACAAUGUGGUGGAACAAGAAGAAGAGGGAUCGGUGAAGAAAGUAGCGAACACGAAGUUGUUGAAACGAGUUCGCGGAAAGCAUUUUUGUGAAAAUUGUAGGAAAAUGUUCCGGUCUUCAAGAGCAUUAGGAAGCCACACAAGUGUUUGUUGUCGCGGUGAAGCCAAGAAUGGCAACGAUAACCAUGAUAAGAUUUUUGAAUGUCCAUUUUGUUUUAAGGUGUUUGGUUCUGGUCAAGCACUUGGUGGUCACAAGAGAUCUCAUUUGAUUCCUUCAUCAUCUAACACCACACCUAAUGUUAAUCUUUCAGCUACAUUCAAAGAGACUUUCAUAGAUCUCAAUUUGCCAGCUCCCGUUGAAGAAGACGAUCUUAGCGUUGUUUCAUAUGCCUAA